CGGGGGAGGCCAAUGGAAGACUUCGUCCGAGACCCGGAGAAGACAAUCGAGAGGCUUUUAGCCCGAUAUUAGGAGUACAGUUUGUCGCUUUAGUUUGACAGAUCGUUCUUUUGUCGUCGCUCUGGAUCCGCGGCUUUUACUGGCAUCGUUCACAUCCAUACAUCCACCUUGAGUGACUUAUUUCAAGGCUUGUUUUUAGCAAUAAAGCAACUAGGAGCAGAGGAAGCAGCAGGCCGCCGCAGACGCUCCGCUCCAGAGCCUGGCGAACAACCGCUGCUGCAGAUUGUUUUAUUUAAAGUGGAUCGGCCCUUUAGCUCACCAAAGAAUAUGACCCAGAAGCAACAAUGACGUCCAGAUUUGGUAAAACCUACAGCCGAAAGGGCGGAGAGGGCACGUCCAAGUUCGACGAGGUUCUGUCCACCAAGAGGGGCACCCUCAGCACCAAAUGGGGCGACACCACCUACAAGGCCAAGGUGGGCUCCAAACGCCCCAGUGCCACCAAGAAUGUCUCUGUGCUGGACGUUUCUAAAAAGCCCCGCCCCUCUGAUGAUGGCCUGGAGGAUCCUUUUGGCUUUGACAGCGACGAGGAGUCAAAACCUGUGUCGUCUAGAAACGGCAGCACUAAACCUUCACCCGUGAAGCCAUCUUCUGCAGAACCACCAAGAGCAGAGAGACCAAGCACUUUUCUGGACACUGGAAGCAGGUCCAACCUCCAGGGGCCGACCAAAGACCUGUCAUGGCUGCCGUGCGAGAAGAGCCACCCGAGGCCCGCGGAGAACACAGCACGGUUCUUUAACAGCAGCAGCAGUAAGAGCAUAGGGAGGCAGCAGACUUCUGUGUCAUUACCAGAGAAGCAGCACAGCUACUCAUGGUACCAAAAUGCUUCAGAAAGUGACAAGAAGCCACUGGCUCAGACCACCACCCUAAAGACAGGGUCCAAGGCCGAGUCCACCUACGACUCCUGGGACGCCAUCAUGGGUCUGCGCCCCCCGUCACCCAGUCAGGAACCUCGUAACCCCGCCCCCACGCUCUCCUGGGCUUCAGCAGGCACUGCUGCCGCUUCUUGUGACCUAGUACAAACUCGGCACGAGAAGCGGCCGACUCCACCCCAUCUCCAGACCCCCGCUGAGACGGAGGACCCGGGGGGGGAUUCUGGUUUCCUGGUGGAGACGUCCCAAGUCACUCAGACAUCGUCCUCGUCCUCAUCAACACUGGUCAGGAAUUCAAACUGUCGGACGUACAGGAGGCCAAACAAACAAGGCCCUGGAAAAGCGCAGGACUGUGCGAGCUCUUGGUCGGAUUGUAGUGUUUCCAAACCCUCGUCCGACGGCGGCAGGGGCGGUGGCCGAGGGCGGGGCAGGACGAGGGACUACACGGUGCUACACCCUUCCUCUCUGUCUGUGUGUAAUGUCACCAUUCAGGACAGAACAGUGGAAGAGUUGAGCAGCGACACAGCACCCCCAAGUGGCAGCAGUACUGCUGCUUCAGGCAGCGCAACAGAUCUUGGAGAAGCAGGAUGGCAACGGAAGAAGACGGAGCAACAGAACACAGGGUGCAGACAGACCCAGACCAAGUUGAAGAAGGAGAGUAAGCUGGACCUGUUUGGUUUCAGUGACACUGACGUGCACCAGGAGGCGAACAGCGACGGCAGCACAGACCACGCCUCCAGCUACAAGAUCAAAUACUUCGGCUUUGACGACAUGAGCGACAGCGACGGCGUGGAAGACGAUGACAGAUCCAGGGGGAGGAGGAGGAGGAAGAAGAAGAAGAUUUCAGCAACCAAGUCUGAACUUGUGGAAGCUGAAGAAGAAGAAGAAACGUCCGAACCUCCUGACCCCUUCGAGAGGCUGGAGAACCCAGAAAAACCUCCUGCUGUGGGGAACAAGAAGAAAUCAGAGAGGAGAGAAAACAGCGUCACAGAAGGUGAGGAGCCAAAGAAAGAGGAGAAGAAAGGGGAGAGAAGAAGUAGAAGAAGAAAAGGAGAGCGAGGAGGAGCAGAUGUUCUGGACUUCUCUGAGGAGGGGCUCAAGGUGGUGGCCUGCGGCCCCAAGAGGCAGAAGCAGCCGAAACCUACACAGGAGAAGAAUCCUGCCGACACAUUCCGGAGAAUCUUCAGUGCUCAGAAAAAGUCUCCGACCAAAGCUGUUUAUAACGCCAGACACUGGACGGUGGACAGUGAAGAGGAGCCGCCGCCUGGACACUCACGGACGCAGCCGUCCCCUACCACAGCGUCAACAGCAGGACCCAGCAAAGAGCAGCCUGAAGGUCCCAAGGACGACGCCGUCUUCAAGGCUCCGCCUCCUCCCCCCAAGAUCACCAAGUGUGUCACCGUGCCCACUGAUCUGUACCAGGACACCGUCACCACCAUCAAAUGUCACAAGGAGCACAAGGAGCUGUACACCGUGGUGCAGCACGUGAAGCACUUCAAUGACGUGGUGGAGUUCGGAGAGAACCAGGAGUUCACUGACGACUUUGAGUAUCUGGCCACGGGCGUGAAGAGCGGACAGCCGCUCAACACACGCUGCCUCAGUGUGAUCAGUCUCGCCACCCGCUGUGCGAUGCCCAGCUUCAGGAUGCACCUGCGGGCUCGUGGGAAAGUGGCCCAGGUCUUCAAGACCCUCAACGAUGCCCCUCAACACCCGACUCUGGCUCUGUGCACCGCCUCACUCAUGUACAUCCUGAGUCGAGACCGCCUCAACAUGGACCUGGACCGCUCCUGUCUGGACCUGAUGAUCCGGCUCCUGGAGCUGGACCAGGACCAGGACCAGGGGAGCGGGGCCGUGGCUGACUCCAGUGCUCAGUUCAGCGCCCGGGAAAUUGCCAAGAUGAAAGAGAGGAUCAGGAAGCUGUGUGACACGGUGCACAACAAACACCUGGACCUGCAGAACAUCACGACGGGUCACCUGGCCAUGGAGACGUUGUUGUCUCUGACCUCAAAGAGAGCAGGAGACUGGUUCAAAGAGGAGCUGAGGCUGCUGGGAGGACUGGACCACAUCAUCGACAAAGUGAAAGAAUGUGUGGACAACCUGAACCAAGAGGAUGAGGAGAAGCUGGGCUCCUCACUGUGGGGGGCCGAGAGGUGUUUACGGGUCCUGGAGAGUGUCACGGUCCACCACCCUGAGAACCAGAACUACCUGAUCGCCUACAAAGACUCUUCUCUCAUCAUCUCUUCAGCCAGGGCCCUGAGGAGGUGUGAGCAGCUGAUCAGGAGGUACAACAGGGAGGUGAACUCAGGAGGAGCGGUGGUUGGUAAAGCUGUGGAGAACUGUAUGAGGGCCGUGAUCGGAGUGCUGCUCAACCUGACGCACGACAACGAGUGGGGCAGCACAAAGACUGGAGAACAGGAGGAUCUGAUGAUCACUGCCCUGAACUGUGUUCUCAGAGUUCCUCAGUUCCUCCCACAGGAGCAGAGGUUUGACAUCUGUGUGUUGGGUCUGGGUCUGUUGAUUAACCUGGUGGAGUACAGCGCCAGAAACACCUACUCCCUGAUGGAGAUGAAGGUUGAAGGAGGUUCCUGUGACUCCUCCGUCCUCCUCAGUCCUCAGCUCCAGGAGAUCAGCAGCACUGGACCACUGUGUGCCAUCGCUGCUUUAGUCCAGGUGAGAACCUCAACAAUUUUUUCAUCCACCUCCUCACACCUCCCCUAA